AUGGCAGGGCGAGUCCACCCCGGAGCGCAGCGACACCCAACGAAUCUCGAUCCGACGGCAGAGUUCGUCGCGCGCGUGACACGCUGGUGGAACGACCCCACCGGACGACAUGUGCAGCGCUCGUGGAAGCCGGCCGGGCAGAGCGACGAGGACGAGGUGGAGCCGGCCCAUGCCCGUGUGGUUUUUCACAGUAGGUUGAUUGGGACGCUGAUGACGGCGUUGCUCGGGAGCCGGAAGGUGCGCGCGGGCAGGGGCGCCAUGCUCGUAGGCCGGUGCUUCAACGUAUCGAUCCUGGUUUUCGAGCUGAACGGGUGGGAAAAGGGCGCAUUGGUGAGCGAUACGGACACAACACAUCUCGACAGGGAGAGAAAUGGUGACUCAUAA